GAAACAGUGUAUUGUUUUGAGUUUACUGUUGCCAUGAGCUCAUAGACUUGUCUUUUACCUUCAUCUAAAAUGACUAGCAUCACUUCUCCCUGGGAUUUCAAACAUCUAGAAAUCGUUGGCAGCAGAGUUUCGCGCCCAGCCGAAUUAUCCGAUAUUCGAGGCAGAAUUCCUGAGUUGAAAGUCGAAACGCGUAAAAGGAUCGCGGUCAAGAAGGAGCCCGAAACAGAACCGAGGAGGCCUCGCUCUCCAGCAAAGCGAGAAAGUUUGCUGCAUUUUAAACCUAAGAAAGAAAAAGUUGUGGCUGUGAAAGUCGUGCUACCCAAGAAGAAAUCUGAAAUUACUGAGAGAAAUUAUUUAUGCUCAUGUGAACGCUAUUCCAGCGGGUCCUCAAAUGACGAAGAGAAAGAACCCGAGUGUGACAUCGAGUUUUCACAACUUAUGGACAUUUUUACUAACUACAAGGAAAAACGCACAAAUAUAAGGAACCUUACCAAUAUCGCCAGGGGUUUUCAUGAAAGGAGAAUUUUAUCUAACGACGAAGCAAUAAAGGUAAGUUGAAGUGAAGUCACAAUUUACCAGUACCAUGAUUCUGUAGUCGACUGUUUCGCGGCGAUUAAAUCUUAAAGUGCAUGUAAUAACUCAUGAAACUGUUAACGUGCACGUUUGGAAGAUUUUGUUUGAUUUUCGAAGUUUUACAAAAUUUAUAUCUGAUCAUGUUUUGGAUUUGGGUAGUUUGAAGGCAAGAGACUCCGCGUCUCUAACAUUUUCGGUUUUAUAACCUACAUUGUGCAAGUGACUACAUCGCAAGCUCUAGUUACGUUUUCAGACAUUUAUCGUAGGGUAAUGAAGUGUCAAUUGGCUUUAUUAACUUUUGAUUUCACGAUUUUGUUGACUUAAACGCGUUAACGCUUAAUUUUAUCAUUGUGUCGAGUCGACUAAACAUUUGUUCAAGCCAGACCUUGGUCAAUAUCUGUCUGAACAGGUCAAGGAUUACAGUUAGCUAAGCAAGGCCUAUAAUUAAAUCUAGUUAUCAUUAUUACUUUUUUACGUUUCUUUUGUUGUGGGUAUAUUGUGCUUGAAAUCUGGUUUGAAUAUUAAGUGGGGUCUUAUAAAUAGUUGAUCGGGCCUCUGCGUGCUGCAAUCGUAUCGGAACCUUCGGCUUUUUAAAUCCCGACAAAAAAUCUCCCGCACCACUACGGUUUCGCAUCCGCCAACCUACGCGGAUCGGAAAUGGAAAUCCAACUUAUUUUUUUUUCUUAAUUUUCUGUUUAUUACUAUCAUCUCCAGUUCCCAGUUGGUAGAAAAAAUAAUCCUUUCAGCGUUAAAUACCGUGAAGAAGCGGUUUAGUGAGUUGCUUAAUUGGACAUGUACCUCCCGUUGGGAAGAUCUGUAAGAAACGCACUGAAGUUAUCAGUAGGUAUCUCUUCAAGCAAACACCAACCUCAAUGUUUUGUCAGUGCCCAGAUGUAUUUUUGUGAAGUUCAAUUCAUUCUCUUCCGUUUGCAGAAAUCAAACAUGGCUCUCAAUCACGCGAAAAUAAAUUAAAAUUUGCGCUGCCCACACUGUGUCACUAAUUUUAUCAAGAUAAAAAGGUGGGAAACGCUACCAAACAAAGUGAAACGUAAAACUAACUGCUCAAAAAGUGAAAAGAAGAUAUAGUAAAUAAAACAGAAAACUGCCGGACGUGACACAGCCCCUUCACAGUUGUAGUCGCCCCUAUCCCUAUUUCCGCUAUUGGUAUUGGUGUCACCACUGUCUUUCCUUCCGUGCUUCUUCAGUUCUUCCUACUAUAUACAGGUAUAUCGAGAAAGGUUGUCGGAAAAAAUGUGCACGCGACAAUCCCGAAAGGUAAUAUGGGAUGUGAUCAAUACACUGUUCCUAACGACUGUAGCUGUCGAACCUACUUUUGUUGCUUUCCUUAAGCAAUCCCAAACAUAACAUCGCAAACAUCCCGUCCCAUUCUUUCAAAUUUCUUUGAAGAACAGUGCACUGAAAACCACCCACAAUACCUUUCGGGAUUGUCGCGUGCACUUUUUCCGACAACCUUUCUCGAAAUAGCUGUAUACAGUAUAUAAACUAGACUUUCUGAAGGGUCCGGCAUUCCUGUCAUGUAUGGUCGUGUACAGUAUGUCAGCUCUCCCUCAUCAUUAUGAGCCGGGGUGUCUUCCCGGUGGACACGGCACAAAUCUCUCGGUUUCCCGUACGGAUCACCUUGUCACAAAAUCUCCCGAAUAAAAUCGACCUUUCAGCUUUUCUUUUCUUUCAUUUGGAAUUUCGCCCAUUUUCUCAAAAGUUCAAAAAUAUUUUCGUUUCACAGUACGGUAUAAAACGGUCUCUGCGGCGUUCUGGCAGGUCAUCAUCCCUGACAAAUACUAUCUUGUCAUUACAGUAAAAAAGGUUUCUUUUUGUGGUCUUUUUUUUUUCAUGUACGACUUCAUACAAUGUUCCGAGCCACAUGAAUGUGGUCUCCAGAGGUUGCCAUCACUGACACCGAAGAUUUUUUUAUGUAAUAUAAAAGAGGGUGGUUUUAGGUAUGACUUUGCCACUUUGCAGAGACUUCGCCGCGGUUUUAUUGCUAUUUUUUCAACCACUGAGUUUAUGCGAUAGUUACCCCUACAUAGGUUUUAUAUCCUCGCGCCAGCUCUAUACAUGUAUCAAGUAAGUCUUCCUGUCAGUAGUGGAGAAAUUCGCCAAGAGAACAUUCAAAUGGUAGUAUCUGACACUGUGUCAUUCGGUUCUGUAUAGUUUGUUCUUUUGUUCAAGUUUAUAUCAAGAGUUUCGAGUUAUUGAUGGUUAAGUUAUAAAGAAAGUGCGACAUGGCUUUAUAAUCGUCCUUGAAAUUGUUCAAUUCUUUAAGAGAGCACAAGGGAGUAAGGCAUAUACUGUUCUGAUCCGUUAACAAAGACUGUGUUGAUCUUUUUACUAGUUCCCAGGUAGGAAUACAGGAUUUUUAAAGGAUUUCCUUGCAACAGUAAAAUGAGAGAGGGUUUUAGGCAGGUGUUAGCGAGAGGUUCGUGUACGUACGGUUUACCAGGGUAGGGUGGAUUUGCACUGUCAUGUAAUUUUUUCAUGCGGCACGGCAAGUAUUAUGCGACAGUGGAAAUCCAUAGUCAAGUACUAGGAUCGAAGAGUAUCAGACUGAACUGAUUAACUACAACACGGUUCGAACAGUUCCGGAAUGAUUGAAAGUGUUGUGAACAGACGAUUUUCUCGUGAGAACAAAUAAGCAAUCAAGUACCGACAACAUUAAAGUAGUGCCAUCGAUAAAACGUUUUGGAAAUAACAGUUUCUUAUUAUAGGUAUUAGGCGGGGCUUCUUUGUUAAAAGAUCGUACCACACGUUGUCGUACCACAAACUUGUUUUUUAAGUGAUAAAUAGUUUACAAUGAAACUGUUUUUCAUUUAGGUGUUAAAGUUGCUGGAUGCAGACAACUGGGAAGUUAAGGUAAGUCUUCGUGUUUUCGUGUUGCGUAAAACGAUGGCUGCCCUUGGUGUAAAUUCACAUAACUGGAAUUUUAAGACUUCAAUUAACAGCUUAGCUACUUUACAAUCGUUAAUUGUUUAAUGAGUAAAUUUGUAAAGGAAGCCAUCAGCGACACAUUUGUUGUUCUUUGUUACAAUAAUGCUGGUAGGACUUAUCAUAGCGCUGACUAUAGCUUUAUUAUCGGCUAAUUCCUUGAAGGGAUUAAUAUAUAGGGUGCCUUGUCAAACUAAGCACGACAAUUGCUACAAUGGCCUGGGAAAAAUAUUAUCUUCCACUGUCACAUUACAACAAGAACAAAUGAUUUAUAACACAGAUGUAAGAACUGCUACGAGAUUUUGUGAUGAGAGCGUGCGCAUUUCUUUUUGUUUCAACAUUCCCCAAGUGUCUAAUUGAACGAGCUCCAGAGUAAAUCUCUAUGCCGCUUGAAAGAUUUUUGAUUGUUUUCUUUCUUUAAUGUUCUCACAGGGGAAUGUCGCACCCAUCUAAGAUGCGCGAGAUCACAUCAUCCAUCUUUUACGUGAUUUUAGCUUGCAAGAAGAAAUUAGUUACUCAUUGACAACGUUUAAAUGCACUCAUGUUCAAGAACAUGGCCACUGCCCGUGCUCUUAAAGAGAUGCAAGCUUCAUUAACCAUUUUGUGGCUGCGCAAGAGACUGGGUCUGUGUUGUGUCGAAUUGCACUAUGGGACUGUUUGGGGGACAUGAUUUUUUGACCAACCGGUUCCUGCGCAACUUCGUAAUAAUCAAUAAAAUGAGUAGCAUUAGCGUCCCCAACAUCUCAAACCAUGCAGUCUUAUCGUGUAGCGGACCUUCCACACGAUAUCCGCAAUCUUUGUACUCACUAAAGGUGAUGUUAUACGAGACGAUUCGCAACGACGAUCUUUAGCGCAACACAGGGUUCAAAUGUCGGAACAAUAUUGCAGCCAUUAGAAACAAUGUAACAACAAUGUUAUAACGCUGUGUUGCGCUAAAAAUCGUCGUUGCGAAUCGCCACGUGUAACAUCACCUUAAGGACUGAUCGCAUAAAAGCAGUGUCACGUAGUUUCUCAGGGAAAAAAAAAAAUGAAGGACUUUUAAUCUUAAAGACUAUAACGGCAAAUUAUGGGUGGAGCUGAUUACCGUGACUUUUUGGAUGCAAUUACGAUCAUGCACAUCCUCACCGCAAGCAGUUUUGAUGUAAAACCCGACAAAAAUCCAUCUGUAAAUUUUGCUUGACUACUGUAAGUUCGUUGUCUCAUUUUGACGAAAUAAACAAACUCGCCCGCUGUUUCUUGCAUUGGCAGCUUUUAACAACAGUAUGCCUCGUGAGAAACCGCAUAACAAGGCUUUUAUCCCAUCAAUCGUUAAGCGCGUGCGAAGAUGGUGGGUAUCAUGGCGGUACUGGUUGAAACUGUCUUUCCUAAUUUUGUUUAAUUAGGAGAGUAUCCUGUUGACGAUAGGCCAACUAUGUUCCAGUACGGUGAAUGUCAAAAGAUUCCUGGAGAAUGGAUUACUGGCCGAGUUAAUAAAUCUUAUGUUGUUAGGCAGAGAUGAUGAUAUUAAGAAAGAAGCGGUGGUUUGUCUUAGCAAGGUUAGCUGGCUGUAUAGCUUUUAAUAUUCUGAUUCUAAUUGAAAUUCAGACUGUUUACCACUUUUCUAUUUUUCGACGCAAACUAGUAAGCACGUGACAAUCUAGCCUGCGUAGCUGGCGGAAUUGUUACGCCCGGGUUACUUUCUUGCCUCGAUCUUUGAAUCUCCGAAUAAGGCAUGGCGGUUUGUUUAUUAUUUUUUUUAAUUCAACUGUGAGAAGCGGACUUUUGAUCGCUUGGUCUGUUCCAGGCGUUCAGAUUGUGGUGACGGGGCAAAAAGACGUGAGCAGGAAAAAAAUAAGGGGAUGUGGUGAUGUGAGAAGUGACGUGGAGUGAGAACGCGAUGUGAUGUGAUGUGGAGUGAGAGCGACGGAACUCUCUCCCUCUCUCCCUCUCUUCCUCCUUAAUUUUUCCCCGUUCUCUUAAAUCGCCUCACACUCCUCUAUCUGAACGCCCAGAACACUCUUGAACGUUAAUCGUUUGUUCUUUGAUGCCACAAGCGGGUGAAUCAGUAAAAACAUGUUUUCGCAGGUUGUGGAAAAAUCUGAACACGCACAUCUCUGGUUGGAAGCAAUGACCAUAUCAGGAGUUGGAACACUCUUUGGUCUGCUGAAUUCAUCACCUUCUCUACAACACGCUGCACUUCUUGCAAUCAAGAACCUUGCUUCUCAUCCAAAAAUGGCGCAGGUUUUUCUGGAGUAUGGUCUUGAUGGUGUCGCGCAGUUAACAACCUGCAAGGUGGGUAUCUGCUAGCGUGGGACCAGGUUCCGUAGUGAGGGAAAAAGGCGAAAAAAAAAGCGAUGAGCGAUCGGUUCGCUUCUCUCGCUUUUUUUGCCGUUUUACUGCGUUUUUUCCUUUUUUCCCCACUGCGGAGCCUAGUCCAAGGCUCAGAGUAUCUACUCUUGUUUUGCCCUGUUGUUUGAAACCAAGUAGAGUCCCUCGCUGGGGUAAAAUGAUAACUACAAUCUUGGUCUUCAUUUGAAUUACGUCACAGAGCUCUGUAUCAGGGCAAGUUAAUUAGCAAUACGUGUUGAGUAUCUAGUAUGACCUCGAUAACGACUGAUCCGCUUUGAUUAGCCACUGCUACUUAAGGAUCAGUCAGACUUGUAAUUCAAAGUCUGGGUUUUUGUCAAUCAUAACUGACUCAUCUCAUUCGGCUUAUUGCCUUCUUUCUUUUCUUUCUUAUCUAGAACACUCAAGGAAAAUACAUUGGUGAUACGGACAUUCAGGUGGGUACGGGCGUUCCGAUCGUUAUCGGAACUGUAGGUAUAUAGUUAUAGAUUUAUUUAUACACGAUCAUGAAGCUUCUAGGGUCGUCUCUUUGGGCCAUAGGUAGACGGAUCGAGGGAUUGAGCGUUUACCGUUUGCAGGGAGAAAACAAUCAAACUAAAAACGGUCCAGUAAAACUGCUAGCCUUUAUACAAACUUGAGCGAAAGCGCGCAGUAGUAGACUGCGGUAGACGUCGUGUGUGGAUGGUUAUAUUUAUGUAAGGGAAUCCGGAAUUUUUGGCUUUGGAAUGCGGAAUUUUUUGGCUUUGGAAUUCGGAAUAUAGCUCGAGGAAUCCGGAAUCCCUCUUAACACUGGAAUCCGGAAUCCAAUUUCCACCGAUAAACAAACUGGAUCCCAUAAACCACGGCCUGGAAUCCAGAAUCCAAGACUGGUUAGGAUUCCCUUACAUGACCUUAAUUACAGGGGGCGACGGUGGUGCAGGGACAUAGAGCGUGACAUAAUCGGCAGUUAUUGAUUGAGGCUUGAGUAGGAUAUGAAGAAUUCUGCAGAUCGAGGAGGGUGUUAUCCACCGAGGCCGAAGGCUAAGGUGGAUAACACCCUCCGAGAUCUGCAGAAUUCUUCAUAUCCUACCAAAGCCGAAUUCAAUAAUUGUUUUAUUAUUCAUUCAAAAUACAGUCGACUCCCGAUAAUUCGAACCUUUAAGGGAAGUGGAAUAAAGUUCGAGUUAUCGAGGGUAAAAUUAUAUAGAAACUGAUAUGAAGGGAAUUGCAAAUUGCUUCGAGUUAGCGGGAGGUUUGAGUUAUAGAGGGUUCGAGUUACUGGGAGUCGACUGUAAUUCCAAGUUUAAAAACAUGCUAAAACGUGCUUACCUCGGUCGAUAUUAAGUUCAUAUCGAUAGCGCAUCUUUAUCGGCAAUUUUAAGAGAUAAAGGUCUGUUCAGGUCUGCAAAUAUACUCCGAAUAUCAAAUGUCGUCCGUCGAGGUGUGUUCUUGCUGUUCUCGCUAUGAUUUUAGACAGUAUUUCGCCGUGAAACGAGUAAAAUGUUUCGUCGACUGUUCAGCCAUUUUGUUCCAACAAACCUCGUCCCCAGAUUUUCUCGGUUAACGGUUCAAUAAUCUGCAGCUUGGGCUGCUCUUUUUGACGUCGUCGAUUCAAUAUGACUAAAUUCUUUCCAAAUUUGGUCAACUGUAACUCUUUAUGAUGAAUUAUGCGUGUGCUUUUAGCCUAUCAGAAAUGGAGAAAUAGUUUGAAUGAAUAAUCCUUCCCAACAAACAUGGGGAGGAACGCGUGACGAAGCCCUAAGAACGUCUACGUGGGAGGCUAGCUAUUAACGUGAUCUGAUGAAACCUUGUUCUUUAAGGGCUUGGUUACUCAGGCGCUGACUAAUUUGAUAUCCAACGACUCCUCUACUGUUGAGAUGUUUCUUUCAAAGCACGCUGCUGUCAUUGGAAACGUCUUGGAUCUAUUGCAAUAUAGUCCAUGGUAGGUCUUUGAUUACGUUUAGUUACUGUGUUUGGUAAAACGUAAUUUCUGAAUGGUCCAGACUCGUGUGUGACUGCGGAAUACGCAUACAGUGAAUCAGUACAAAUUACUUCAUGUAAUGCCAUUGAUUUUUUUCUUUGUAUCUUGCAGUCCUCAACAACAGCAAUCUGCUCGUUUCUUAGCGACUUUGGCUUAUUACAAAACUGGUCUUACGUCACUGAUAUCUCAUAAUGCUACUGAACACUUGAUGUGGGCAGUCACGUGUUCACAAUGUAGGUAAGAGAGCAAAUGGGAAAAAUGCUUAGCCUUGGUCUGAAUUAUGUAAGCGAUGUUUUCUUGACUUUGUUAUUCCUCUAUCCGAAAGUCCUUUUCGUAUGAUGCCCCGUGCACGGACGCUAGAAAGGUCAAGAUUUGCACAAGUUAGACGUGGCAGUCGCAGAGUUAAAAACCAGGGCAAGCGCUUGAUUUGCGCUCAUGAACCUUUCUCGUUUUGGGUUGAAACCCAGGGAGCAUUUUUCUGAAAUUAUUUAACUGUCUUGAAACUAAGCACUUAGUAAGUUUCAUAAUAAGGUUGUACUGUUAGAGUACAAACUUAAAUUAACUUCACAUAUUCUAAAGAUAAUCUCUUUUUUCACCAGACACCUCAGAGAACAAGCAAGCAUAGCCCUCAAGAAUAUAUCCACAAACCCUGACAGAACAUCCGCUUUUUCGGCUUUAAGCCAAGUAGCUACUGGAAAAGCAAACUUGGAACAAGAAGCAAGUUGCUAUUCUAACAGUGCAGGGAGUUUCUCUUCUCCACCUCUAAAGAAGUCGUCACGAACCUCCGGUGAUGUUGAUAUAGAGUUGGACAAACAGCUUACACUAAAACCCAAUAAAGUCACCUCUGAAUUGACUUCAGUGCUUACACUUGUUUUUCAAGGUGAUUCUCUGGGGAGAAGUGGUUCCGAGAGACAAUUUAUGACACCUAGUUCUUCAUUUCAUCUGAAGUCGACAAGGCUGAAACGGUCUAAUAAUUUUAGUAAAAAGGAAACAUAUUUAAGUAGUCUACGUGUGUUAACAAAUGCUCUGGUUGUGAUGUCAAAUCUGAUACUGCUCAGUGAAAGCAUGGAGGAGCUUUCUGUUGAAGACAGGUAGGAGUGUAUACUGGCUCGGCAGCCGAAAAUCAGAAUACGUCCUUGUCUAGUCUAUUGCUAGUCUAUAAGUUUCCCCAUCUUUAAGCCUACGUGAGUAAUUAUCGAAAGUUGGAGUUUACCAACUGAGUCGAAAGCAGCCGUCAAGAGAUAAAAAAAAUCAACGUUUUAGACUUUUCAGGAGAGGGUAAGCCAUUUCAAGGAUUUUUCAAGAAGAAUACCUGCUUGACUUUCUUUUACACUUUCUUAGCAACUGCUCACUUAAAACGUGUAUCAGUCGGUGAAUUAAGGUACAUGUUGCAAGUCAAAAUUAAAUUCGGGUUAAAAUGUUUUAACCCAGGAUGAUACACUACAUACACUAUUUCCUUUGUCUUCUAGCCCUAAUUAUGUAUGAAUUAGGGCUAGGAGACAAAGGAAAUAGAGAACCUAGGUUAAAAAAUUUUAACCUGAAUUUUAUUUUGACCUGUAACGUAUACGGAUUAGUAAGGAACACCGAUUUUGUCUCUAUAAAAAGACAAGACGCAGUGUUUCAUCUGAUAUCCAGACACUGAGAAUGGGUUACAAAAAUACUUUUAUAGUUUGUCAAAUAAAAAACAAAACUGGAAGAAUAUCAAAGCAUCGCAAUAACUAGUAGGUCCGAUUAUCAAACUACCUUCAAGGUAGAGAUCAGCCUGUCCCAGACCCCGCACCUAGUAGGAGAAGUGGGCGUAAGAAAAAAAAACGGGCAAGGACUGGUGAGAAGGAGGGCACCCUCUCUGCUUCUUUUUCCCGCGUUUUUUUUUUUUUGGCUUGUCCCGACUGAUAAUCUGGAACAGGAAAAGGAGUGAUUACCUUUCUUUUAUUUUAUAAGUAUUUCAAUACUUCAAACUACUUUCAAGUAGUUUGACAAAUAAAUUACGCAACGUCCAGUUGAUACUAUGUUUUAGAAUUUCUAUUGUCUUUCCCUACAGGAGGUUAAACCAUGUUGCGGUCAUGAUUCAGAAUGGUGGACUUGCAUUUCUUCGAGAGCUGGAGUUUCUUAGCAACAAACUGUUAAAAGUGAACCCUCCUCUGUUCCACAACAUUGACCCAACCACUCUACCCCCGAAGGAAAUCUCCACAACGCUGAAACAUGCGCGUACAGACUUAAUAUUUGAGGCUGCAAAUAAAAGAACACAGGAUUCUACAAAGAAGUACGCGGAUUUUGGAUUUGAAUCGACCGAAGUCGACUUUGUCAAGGCCGCAGUACAGCUGUUGUGUUUGUUUGCUCAAACAACUGCACCACAGUUUGAUCCUUGUUUAGAGGACAUGAAAGUGUUGGAAAGUUCACGGUCUAAGGAUAUCAAAAGACACAUUUCGUUUCACAAGUCUGCGGUGUUAGUGAAGAACGCCUUAAGGUUGACCAAAGGAAGCGAAAGACGUAGGAUAAUACGGAGUAGGAGUGCUAGGUUUGUGUUCAUUAUAUAUUAAAGCGACUAUACUAUACCUUGUGACACAUAAAUGUCACAUAAAUGUGCGUUCCAGAUGAAUUGGAAUUUGUUAUUUACUCCUUUUAGGAACGAAAUGGCUAGACUCGAACAGGUGGCAAAAUGAAUCGUUAAGAAGCAGAUUAAUUUGCAAGUAAAAAUGAAACAUCUCUUCUGUUGUCGUGGCUUAACUUACUCUGCUUUUUUACAGAUCGUUAUCAAGAAGUUUGUCUCAAGUCAGUGUAGAUACUUCCACGUCAUCAAAUCCGUCCAAGCCCUCCUCGGCUACUGACAUGUCAACACCCUCGGCUCAGGUUGCUGGUGCCCAGGAUUCCCUUGAAACAACUCACUACGUAAAACAAAGCUUGCUUGACGCUAAAAUCAUUUACUGCUUAGCACCGUGGAUAAUGUGCGGCAUUUACGACAUCCAGGUAACUCUGAUUUUUAAAUUCUUAAAUUUAUAUUACCAAUUAUACGAGGAAAGGGGUGAGUGUAACCCUGAGUAUAACCUACACUGCAAAAGAGUCGGUUCUUUUCUCAAAAUCGGAUAAGUGUAGCUUAAGAAUAUCACACGCGCGAAGUGCGCGAGCCUCACACGCCCGUAUUUUUAGUGCCUUUCCCUAGUCUCGCUCUUCGUUUUCAGCUUCACUCCAGGCCUUUUGUUUGACUGCUCGCGCGAACUUGAAUACGCAAAAAUAUGGACUGUUUUGGAGUCUAAGAAUAACCCAACCCAGAUGUUUGAUAUGCCUUUACUAUUCUACCGCCUUUUAGGCUCUAUUAAAGGCUCCAGACUCUAUUUGUGACUUCAAUCCUUCGAUUAAUGCAAAACUGAAAUCCUGAAAAUAAAAUUGAGUAUUAGGGGCCGACCAUUUGAAUCACCCAUCCCCCCCCCCCCCUUCAAAAGUCAAUUGGUUGGCCCCUUAGUCAUUUUCUCUCCUCCUUUGUAACAUUAUCCUUUCUAUUUCUCGUCAGAGUAACGUUUUGAAAACCAUACGGUAUCUUCAACAUAAUAAAUACGCCUCAUCUGGGCCAGGUACUUUCGGGAACCAUGCACCGCGGGAAGCCUGGUCGUCAAAGCCAGCUCCAGCACUAAUAUCUCGCAGUAGCAAUCUUAGCCAGCGGUCUUCAAACGCUGCCACGCCAGCUCGCAUCGGCAUGAACAAAUCAAAGUAUCUUGCAGUCACGUGUGUUCGACACGUCAUUCAACACUGCGGGAGCUACUUAUUGGAUUCGCUAGGACCUCCUGUACCACCCACUUUAGGGAUGACGACUCUGAUGGUUUUACGAGAAGCUGUUAUGAAUGGAGAGGUGAUAACACGUAUAUUAGGCUGAUUUAGCAACAGAACGGGAACGUCAGUUGACGACGGCGCGCGCAAAUCAAACAACUGGCUUGACCAAUGGCAGAGCGGCAAAUUGGGCACCGGAAGUCGUGUUUAGUCCUUUCCGCGCGCUUUCCCGUCGUCAAAUGACGUUCCCGUUCUGUUGCUAAAUCAGCCUACUAUUAAUUGCAGAACGACGCUGGUUGAUUUCUUGAGCGCUAGCUAGUUGACCAAUGUUUAGCACGCGAAACAUUAACUUCAGCGACAGUCUAUAGGAUUAAUCAACUCCUAUGACAAAAGCAUUCUUUGUUGUGUGGUAUUAUGUCUAGCUUAAGAUACAAUUUCUUUGUAAUACGCAAGCUACAAAAUAUCUGUAAGGGGGUUAUGUCACGAGGAUAUCGCUGUUUUAGGUCAAUUCUGUGCUGAAGUCAUUACUUAGUGUCUUUACCCAUACACAAAAUGCAGCUCCUGUAGAUUUGUGAAAAAAAUAGCAAACAAAUUUCAUCAGAGAGCACUAAGCAUAAUAAUUUUUUGGGUGCAGGAUAGCCUUGAAUCUUAAGUUGGUCCUGGACCAAUCCUUUCAAGUUUCAAUCCAUAUCCAUUCUUGCCAUCCGUUGUAACAGACGACAGGAAACAGUUCGAACGCCUAAAUACAGUCAUACAUAACAAAACUGGACCAUUUUGUUUAGAAUUUAAUUGAUAACAAAUAUCGUGGUAUACUGCCCCUUUAAAUAUAUCAACAUACAUCUCUUUAUACAUCUCUUACGUUUAGCACGACACGCGUCUUAAAAUCAUCAAGCUGGGAUGUUUCGCUGAAGUGAUCGACUACAUCCGGGGACACGAAGAUAACGAGAGACUACAAGCGCUAGGAAUUGUGGUUAUCAGAAUCCUGGUUGGAAAUGACGUUUCUUUUAAACAACUUUUUUUUGCUCAUGGUGGAAUGAACCUGAUAAUGGCUUUACAUCAAUAUAAAGAAGGCAUGGUGAAGGAGGAAGCUGCCCUUACAAUGUCCGCAUUCAGACGAGGUUAGUUUAGCGUUUAUUCGUAACCAUUCGAAAGAUUAGAGACCUUUAGAUUCUCAGAUACGACGGCGAGGACGAGAUUUUCUCAAAUCUAAGUAGUGCGCGUGUGAACCAGCCUCAUUUUGGCGGGAAAACGUCUGAUAGCCGUCGUCAUUCAACUACUACAUUCAAGUACCAGUGUUGUAGCGGCGGAAACAAAUUUGCUCAAACUCAUUAAUUAUUUAUGUGGUCAAACGCCAAUAAAUGACGACCAUUUGGGACAGGUGGAUGAAUCUUGAUACCUAAUGAAACACCAGGUUUUCAUGUGAGAUAAAACAUGUUCAAACACUUAAAUCUUAAUGAGAUGUUUUUUUUCAUUUUUUACGGCCUCGUGGUUUCAUCUUUUGCUCGGUGUUUUGAACCCGUGAUAAUGCACUCGCCCUAGAUUCUGACAUAUUGCAUAAAUGUUAGAAGUGUUAUCUGUCAUUUUUUCGAUCGGGAGAGGGCGUAAGCUCCUUAAUAAAAAUAACCGUGGUAACUUUUCUGGUGAAAAAAGUACAGUGAAGCUUUCCGGAGUGUUUCUUUUGACAUUAUGUGAAAAAAAGUUAAAUGUCACCCUCGUAACCGUCCUCGUCCUGGAAUCUAAAGAUCUCUAUUGACUUGCUGAGUUUCUUGCAGGUGUCAUGCCUAGAAAUUUCUAAGGCUCGAGAAAGGCUAACCUUUCCAUUCGUCUAGUCGAAGAUAUUCGAAGAAUUAAUUCAACUUACCCACAAUUUUCGGAGGUUGUGUUUUCACUUUUUAUUACCAAGAUAUUGCCAUUAUUUAUUGAUGAAAAAGAUCUCCUGAAGUUUUCGGUAAGAGACAAAACAUCUGAUAUUUUUUUUAAAUAAAAGUACGGCUAUCCCCUGCCCACGAACUUUCGACCGGACCGAUAAGGGUAGCUAACAGUUGCGGAUGAAACAAAAAAAGUCACCUUAAACUUUGGAGACGACCAAAGUUCUCCUAAGACAUCUAAAGAGGGAAUACUUUAAACUUUGAAGGCAGAACUAACUCAAGCAACUAUUUGAGACACUUCUAACAUAUCUGGAAUGGGUGCCCCUGUUUCUUGUUAAUCUUUGACUUGUAACAUUUUUUCCUCCGAAUACUAACAAAUGUUUUUUUUUUCUUGGAAUAUUGAGGUGCAAGCUCGCGAGUCCAUCGAAGGUGCAGAACAGCGGAUGCGAGAAUCAAGAAACGACAAAAAUCACAUGACCAUGGAGACAUCUGGGACGAGGUUGGAGAGAAAUGGAAAGGUCAAGAUGAGGUGGUGAAAGUGUUGAAAAAAUUCAACUUACGAUAUUAA